AAGAGGAAACUUUUCUGAACAAAAGUACAAAGAAAGAUCAAAUCUCGCUCUCUCUCUCUCCCUCUCUCUCCAGCCCUCUCGUAUCCAAACGCCUAUUGCAGAAUCGCGUUUCUCCGUUUGCAUGGGUGGCGAACCUGCUCCGACGACGGCAUUGGCGGGGGCGGGCGUCAGAGCCAGCGCAUUGCUGGUGAACCAGAGCUCCUGAUUGUGAUUUCGUUUCCAGUGGGGCCGGCGACAGCUGCUCUUUCUCAUGGUCGUUGAUUUCGAAUAGGAUCUUUCUGUUAUUGUUGCUCUUGUUGUUGUUGUAGAGAUUGCGUAGUAAUGUCUGAUUUGGUGGCCCGCACGGGUCGGCAUCAGCAGCGAUACGAGGACGGUUGUCGCCUCGUUGCUGGGUGCAUUCCAUAUAAAUAUAGAGACAAUGAGGAAAAUAGUGAUGCAAACUCAGAGAGGGUUGUUGAGGUGCUUAUGAUCAGCUCACCUAGUGGACCAGGUCUUUUGUUUCCAAAGGGAGGCUGGGAGAAUGAUGAAACUGUUGAGGAGGCAGCAGUACGGGAAGCUAUUGAAGAAGCUGGAGUCCGAGGGGAAUUGAUGGGGUUCCUGGGAAAUUACGACUUCAAGAGCAAAACCCACCAAGACGAGUUCAUCAGCCCAGAGGGCUUGUGUAGAGCUUCAAUGUUUGCUCUGCUCGUGAAGGAGGAGCUCGAGUUCUGGCCAGAGCAGAACACCCGAAGUAGAACCUGGCUAACGAUACCUCAAGCUGCAGAGAACUGCAGACAUGCAUGGAUGAGAGAUGCUCUGUUGGAAGGCUUCACCAAGUGGCACGACGAGAGAACAACGAACACAGGCGAAGGCAUCCCGGAUCAAGGUUGAUUAACGAGAGUGCCCCUGGCAUCAUAACCUCACCAUUGGAGUGCAUGCCACAACAUGUGGCAUCUGCAUCAACUGAUUUCAGUUUUUUUAGUUUUCUUCAACAGAGGCCAUUUGGGUUUGGGUGGUAGAACCCAAUCAACAAUAUUGAUGCUGCAGAUGUUUGCUCAAAUUCCUUGCUUAAUUAGUUGACUCUUUUGGUUCAAUUUUGUAAAUUGCCAGCCAAGCUCUUGUUUUUCAUUUUAUUAAUUUCUCGUGUAUUGUAAUGGAGAGGGGGUUACCGUACAGAACUUGUUACAGUUGGGUGUUAUUU